AUGAAACCCCAACACGCUUUUCUCAGCUAUGCCCUCCUGGGUUCCGCCAGUACGCUGACUGUUCCGAGCGAGGUGCAUGUCUCUUUGAGCAAAGAAAAAUCCCACUCACCUCCAUCUAACAAAUCUUCCAUCAACUGGGUGGAAUGCGACCUAGACUUCGGCGAGGCAUACAACGCUGCCCUUGCCAAGUUGCCCGAGAAGCCAGCUUGUGCCAAACUCGAGGUCCCUUUGGAUUAUACCAACCACAGCUCAGAUGAAACCAUUGAGCUCCAACUGAUCAAGUAUAAUGCAACCAAGACGCCCUUCAAGGGCAGCAUCCUGUACAAUCCGGGUGGUCCCGGGGGUUCCAGCGUUGAAAGUGUCGCUUUAAGUGGACUUGACUUGCGAGACAUCGCCGGAGGCCAUUAUGACUUGAUCGGCUUUGACACUCGAGGUACUGGCAAUACCAUUCCCUUUGUCUGUAACACGAGCUCCCCGGAUGCUGGUAGCCUUCUUCGCCGAGACUUCAAUACACUGGCGCAAGUCGACGUAUGGGAGUACUUGAAAACUACGUACUGGGAUAUGGCGGGAACCUUCGCCGAGGAGUGCUACGAAGCGCAGAGAAAGUAUGGCCGUUUUAUCAGCACGCCAUUCGUGGCACGAGAUAUGAUUUCAAUUGCGGAUGCUCUUGGCCAAGGCGCAAAGGUGAAUUUCUGGGGAGUAUCUUACGGUACUGUGCUCGGGCAAGUGUUUGCUUCCAUGUUUCCCGACCGCGUGGGACGACUUCUUCUUGAUGCCAACCUUCUGGCCGAAGACUAUGCUGUUACUACCUGGGUGACCAGUCAACGAGACACAGAACGGGCUCUCCACAACCUCUUGGACGAGUGCGUCAAUGCUGGCCCUCAAGUCUGCGGUCUGGCCAGCUUCGCCGGCAACGGAACCACUGUCGAUGAUCUGAUGAUGGCCGUCAAUAACGCAAUCGAAAAGUUGAUGACGGUCAAGAAUGACACUAGUGGAUACGGCGACCCUGCAACCGCCUUCAAGGGCAGCCUCAUGGCGGAGCUUUACUCGCCGACCAUGUUUCCCAACGCGAUAAAAAGAAUUCACCACGCGUUGACUGGAAACUUUACAGCCGCUACAGCCCCGGCCCCUCCGCAAUUGGAAUCUUUCUGGAACGAAGCCGGAUCCUCUGCGGUCUUCGGCAUCUCCUGCGGAGACUCUUCCUUUCGCGCCGAGAAUCAAGAUGAUCUCUACUCCAUUUAUCAAGCUCACAAGGAGCAGAGCUCAUUUGGCGAUACCGUCUCGCAGAGCCGGCUGCUGUGUUCCCGGUGGAAAUUUGAUGCGGCGGAAAGCAUCGACCUUAACUCGCUGAGAAACGUCAAAACGAGCUUCCCUGCUCUCAUUGUCAACGGCCGCUACGACCCAGUCACCCCGGCGAGCACCGCCUGGGAGGUGUCCGCGCGUCUGCGAAACAGCCGGACUCUAAUUCACUACGGCGCCGGUCAUGGUUUCACCUCACAUCCGUCAAACUGCACGAAUGCAAUUGUCAAAGACUACUUUCAGGAUGGGAAGCUUCCCGAAGUGGGUACUACCUGCGAACCCAACAUGACUGCGUUUGAGUACUAUGCCGAACUGGUGAGAAAGGCACGAGAGGGCAAAUAG